AUAAAUGACAUGAGGAAGAGGAAGGAACAUGUUAAUACAAGUAUUAAACUGCUAUUUAGCUGCCUUGCCUCGUGCAGAAAGUCUACUAUAAAGCACAAUGCAAUGAGAUUGGAUCCCUUUAAUCAACUAUAAAGCAAUGCAAACUCUUGUGCCCUGUAUUUUCUAAUUCAUUCACUACUCAUCCAUUUUUGUUAUAUUGCUAUCUUUGAAUCCGCGAUGAAUGGUAAUGCUAAUGCUAAUGCAGCAGAUACACAUGUUUCUGCUGUAAUUCUUGAUUUGGACGGCACCCUCUUGAAUACAGAGGUACUUAAUAAGGACGUUUUGAAGGAUUAUCUUGAAGGAUAUGGGAAAGUGGUGGAUCAGAAGAAGGAAGACAUGAGGUCGGGGAUGUCCCAUCAUGAGUUCCGUCUUGCUAUUAUCAAAGAGUACGACCUGUUAAUCACACCGGAACAGUUUACAGAAGAAAUUAGGCCAAUGUAUCGAGAAAGGUGGCUAUUAGCGCGAGCACUUCCUGGAGCUAACCGCCUAAUAAAACAUCUCCACAAUCAGAAAGUGCCAUUUGCUCUUGCAUCAAACUCUCUGACUAGAAAUGUAGAAGCAAAAGUUUCUCACCAACCAGGUUGGACAAAAUACUUUCCGAUUGUUCUUGGAAGUGACCAGGUCAAAUCAGGGAAACCGUCUCCAGAUAUAUUUCUGGAAGCUGCAAACAGGAUGGGUGUCAAUGUGGCUAGUUGCCUGGUGAUAGAAGAUUCCUUGAUUGGAGUAAAAGCAGCAAAGGCUGCUGGAAUGAAGGUUGUGGCUGUUCCUUCGCUCCAGAGUGAAUCUGAUCAGUUUUCUAUUGCUGAUAUGGUUCUUCACACACUUCUGGACCUGCAGCCAGAAGUCUGGGGUCUACCACCGUUCGAAGACUGGGUGAGUGGUGUCGUGCCAAUUGAGCCAGUACAUGUCAGAGGCCUGUACAAAAAUGGAUUUCUGCACGAACUUGAAGGUCAUGGCGCAUCUGCUCUACCUGAUCAAGUUGUGGGAGUUUACUUUGGCUGGGCACAAUUUGAAUCCCCAAAGAUAUUGAAGAUUUUGAUGAGCAUCACGUGGGAACGUAACUGCUGUUGUUUAGAAAAAGUCAUUCAUGUUUGUCCAAUUGAUGAGAGCGGGGAGGCAAAUUGUGAUCAGAAGAUGCAGGUUAUGCUAGUUGGCUACAUUGGAGGACAUAAUAAGGAAAAGUCAUCCAGCGAGAACAAAAUACUUGAAGAAGACAAGGUCUUAGCCAUGACUGCAUUGAAAUCUUCGGCUUUUACUCAUCAUUCAUGCAUGCCUUCUUUCUGAAGUUAAGUUUGAGGAUAUUCUGCUCUCUGACGGAAAGAUGAUACUGAAGUCUUAUUAUAUGCAAACAUGUGACAUUCAUUAAUGAUAAUGCACAACAACGGUGCUGUUAUUGCACCUCUAAGCAGGAAAAUUAUAUCCUUCAGUGAGAUUGAGCAUGAGAACAUUUUUGCCUGAUAACCAACACAAUGCUAUGACUAUCACUCUGAUUCAUAGUUCAUACAAUAACAUAAUUAAGUAAAUAACCGAAAAUGACUACAAGUUUACUGGAGUGUUUCACUGAUAUGCCUAUGUUCCCGGUAUAUUUCUAUAUGCAAAAUUAAUGCAUACCUACUAUUGUGUGUCACCUAAAGUAUAGGCCAAAACAAGUCUGGAUCUUAUUUUGGAUUACUUACCAGCUGCGUUUGGUUUAUGAAGUAAUUAAAAAGUAAUUGUUAUUAUGUGUCCUGAAAUAUCAAAGGUUUAUUUAACAAUGUAGGUUAAGUAUUUACAAAAAUUAUCAUCACCAUCUUCAAGUAGAUACUAAAAUAUCACCCGUACUGCACGAGCUCUCACAAAGUGUGAUGUGGAUGCGAGGUGGGUGACAAUGAUGCACUACUUGUCAAAAAAAAAAAAGAGAGAAAAAGAUGAUGCACAACAACAUUUCCAUUUCUGUUGUUGCCCUACUACAAGUACCCUGAACCAUUGUCUGAUUAUAAGGCCUCA